AUGUUUGAACCACUCAAAGUUGGAUUGGUAUUUCAGCCCCGCAAAUUGGAAUUUCCAUACAGGGAGAUUGGGAAGAAGAAGAAGAGGAGGAGAUUCAAUCCGGAUUGGUAUGAUGAUUAUGCUUAUUGGCUGGAGUAUAGCGAGAAGGAGCACAAAGCAUAUUGCUUAUGCUGCUAUUUAUUUAGGGACAACAUUAAAGACAACCACCAUGGGCAUGAUGCAUUUGUAGUAGAAGGAUUCAACUCUUGGAACAAGACAGGGAGAUUUGUGACUCACAUUGGUGAUCGUAAUAGCUUUCACAAUAGAGCACUCAAGGAUUGCGGGGAUCUAUUAAAGCAAGAUCAAUCAAUCCCAGCAGCCUUUCAUAGACAAACCCAAAUUGAGAAAAAUGAGCAUCUCAUCAGGUUAAAUGCUGCAAUUGAUGUUUGUCGAUACUUGUUGCAUCAGGGACAACCUUUCCGUGGCCAUGAUGAAUCAAAAGAUUCUGAAAAUAAACGAAACUACCUUGAGUUGAUGGACUACACUAUUAAUCUUCAACAAGUUAGAGGCCAAGGUUACGACGGUGCAAUUUUGCUAAAUGUCGUGGGCGCAUCUUGCAAGAGAAAAGACCAACUUCGUGAGCAUCACCAAGAAGAAGUGAGGAAAGCAAUAGGAUGUGGAGAGAUUGUUACGGGGAGUGGACUGAAUCAAGAAUUAUCACUUCAAAGACCAGGUGACACUCGAUGGAACUCCCAUUAUAAAACAUUGUUGGGUUUGUCCAAGAUGUUCUCGUUGGUGGUUAAAUUUAAUGACAGAUUUAAUGAGGUAAAUUCUGAGUUGCUUCUAUGCAUGUCUGCUUUGAGCCCAAGUGAUUUAUUUUGUCAUUUUGACAAGGAGAAGUUGCUGAAAUUAGCAAAGUUUUAUCUUGGUGACUUUAAUCACAAAGAUAUGGUGACUCUUGAGCAUGAACUUGGCCUCUAUAUAGAUAAUAUACUCCAUGAUACAAGGUUUUCCAGCUUGGACAGAAUAAGUGAUUUUGCUAAACUGAUGGUGGAUACAAGGAAGCAUCUCUCAUAUCCUUUGGUAUAUUGGCUUUUGAAGCUAGCUCUAACUCUCCCUGUUGCCACUGCCACCGUUGAGAGAUGUUUUUCAGCGAUGAAGAUUGUGAAGAAUGCUUUGCGUAACAAAAUUGGUGAUGAUUUUUUGAGCCAUAGCCUAAUUUGCUUCGUGGAGAAGGAGCUGCUGGACACAAUUAGUAAUGAAGUUAUUGUUGACCGUUUCCAUAAGAUGAAAGAUCGUCGUGGGAGAAAUGAAAUGUAA